UACCGUAUACCUGCAACAAAUAUUCAGAUGCAGAUUUCCUUUCCGGACUGUGCUCAUGCUUCUACCUACAUACCAAGUUCGUAAACAUUUGAGGAAUCCCCGCUGUUUUUUAUUGUUGAGUAGCAACAAAAACGAAUCGGAGCAUCAGUAUAACAUUCUCAUAUUCGCUACGUACAACUCCUUUCUAUCAGUCUUGAAACGUUUUGGGAAAAAAUCGGUUUGGUUCUUGAGAAGUGACUUCCUACUCUGAGUAGAGACAGUACAGCUACUGAAAUAACUUGGAACUGAAGUAUUGUGGAAUAAAACUGGCAGAAAGUUUCAAUCCAGCCAUGUCUUCAUUCCGUAAGAUCGUCUACAAGAUUGCUCUAUUCAGUGUGUAUAUGAUGGUUUUUGGCGCCAUUAUGUACGCGGUAGAGAGGACUGAGGACGACCAACAAGUCGACCAACACGUGAUACUACAGAACUUGUUUGAGGGUAUUCAACAAAAACACAAUAUGACGAGGGAAGAGUUUGAUAACAUCACACGGGUUAUCCAACAAUCACAAAUGAUGAAUAAAUCACCAUGGACGUAUGGAACAGGAAUAAGGUUCGCCAUUGUUACAUGUACCACCAUAGGUUACGGCAACAUAACACCUAAGACGAAAGGAGGAAUGAUGCUGUGCAUCAUAGGAGCCAUAUUUGGAAUACCACUGACACUAUUGAUUCUCAACUCCAUCGGUGCCAUGAUAACAGAUGGAUGCACUACACUCGUCCAAAUCAUCGAAAUAAGGCUUCUCAAACGCACUUCAGUUCAGUCAAUCGAGAUAAAGAGAUUGGUUUCCAUAAUUGUAUUGAAGAAUUUGAUGGUUGUGAUUGGAGCAGCACUUCUAACGCAGGUUACCAGCUGGUCCUUCAUUGAGGCCACAUACUUUUGGUUCAUUACUUUCACUACUAUUGGUUUUGGAGACUUCGUGCCACCAGAACUGGUAGCAAAAAAAGAUGCUAUUGCAAUGGCAAUAGGAAGUAUUUUAUUCACUUUGGUUGGGCUUGCUGCUCUGGCGAGUGUUAUCAACUGUGCUCUAGCUAUAGAAAUACCAAAAGAUGGUUUUUGUUGUUCACUAAGGGCGACUCAAGUUGAGAAUACCAAAAAGGCCUGUCAGUCAAGAGAGAAAGACAAUGAAUGUAUUACCUGACUCCAGAUUUCAGAGCACUUUCUACCUAUUCCCAAGAGAGUCAGAAAACAAAUACAGGGCGGCCUUGUUAAUGGAAUUAACGGACGUAGCUAUUGAGAAGGUUUUUGCUAAAUCAGUCAAUAACAUGGCGGAAAUGACAAAAGAAA